GAUUGAAGGAAAGAGAGAAUAAGACAAACAAUGACUUAAGAUUGUCACAAACAAAAAGAACAGUCAUUCCAAACAAAGUCGAGAUGACAACACGCUCUCCACGUUUCAAGCUCCACGUGUCUCUGUUUUCUUCUCCUCCUCCUCGUUUCUUCUAGGGAGAAAAAGCUCCAAGAGGAACUAUCCACUACCAGUGAUCGUCUAUGGAGAGAGAUUGGUGGACGCAUAACCCUUCCUCCUCCCUCUUCUGGAGAGCUUGCAUCAUCUCCCAAUGAAGGAAGAAUGCAAAUUGGUUGGAGAGCCAAUUAGGACCACUCAACAGGAUCUAUAGUCUCAUCAUUCAUCUCACCUUGGAGACUUUGGACCUCUUCAAUGCAGGAGUUGUGUUUGAUUUGCACUGUGUUGUUAUGGGAUCACAGAGAAGUUGUUGACCUCUGGAGACACAUGACCUUGACGUUCUGGCUGGCUGGAGAACAGAGCUGGCUGUGUCCGAGGAUGAGCUCAUCACAGCUCGGGGAGAGCGUGUAACUGUCCGUUCCAUCGCCACGAACUGACGGACGGGACCAACACCACUGACACGGCUACGAAGGCCAGAGGAAGAGGACACGAGACAGGCAUCCAGAAAGACCUGUAUCUGUUUUUGUGCUUUCUCUGGGCUGCAAUAAUAAGGCUCUAUGGGCUAACGGAGGGAUUUGGCCAUGCCUGUUGCCUUUCGUAAAAGAAGCUGGGAGGAUCACGUGACUCCACCACGAACAGGAAUACAGUACAGCUAUGAUGACUUAGACUUGGUUUGCUGCCAUGCACGGCACCAGCGUGGUAGAUGCACCUCCAUGCCAGAAUGUGGUCAUCACCAGCUUUACCCUCAGGAUGAUAUUGGAAAUGGUACAAAAAAGAUGGAGAGGAUAUUGCAGAAGUUUAAGAAUGAGACUCAACCUAACUGUGAAGAUGUAAAGAGCCAAUCAAUGACAUCUAGAGAUGCUGUCAAUGAAAAGGCACAGCACGAGAGUGAGCAAGAUAGCAGACUACUUUCAAACAGUGUGGCAGAUCAAGAUGAAUUACAUCGUUCUGCUUUGGGAAAUUUGCAAACUCACAAUGGAGAUGCAGAUAAUAAGGAACUAAACAAGGAUAAAGUGUCUUCAGCCGUUAGCUUGUCACAUCUUGUGCCUUCUGCUGAAGCGUUGGAUCAAACAAAUGAUUCAGGAAAUGUUUUGAAGGAUGGAAUCUCCUUAAACAACACAGUCAAAGAAGAGUGCUUUGAGCUAACUCGUCCCAAAGAAGAAACAUCUGUGGAAAACACAGAUUCUAUGGUGAAGGUCAAUGUGGGCAGUGAUAAGUUAGUAUUUGAACACAUGAAUGUGACAAGCAGCAUCACAGACAUAACUAAUAAACCUCCUGCUUCUGAUUCAUCUGCUGACCUGUGUGAUAAUGAGGAAGGACAGUGUUGUGAAACAUCUGAACAAGCUAUUUUAGAUCAUAUCAAAACUGAACACUCAAGCAAACCUAUGUCAUCAUCAUCAACCUCUCAAGAAUCUCAUCACAUUCCAUACACAGAAGAUGCUAAUGAAGCAAAUCUAGCAUGCAAAGAUUGCAGUGUGACUCCAGAAGACAAUGAGGAUGGUAUUUUUAAGUGUGCUGAUGGUGAUACGUUAAACGUUGGAUGCUUCAACCCACAUACUUGUGAAACCUCUCAACUGGAAGCAUCUGGAGUGAUAGACAUCAUGGAGACAUGGCACGACUGCUCCUCCAAACUCCAAACCAUCCAUGAGGGGUCGUGUCCUGAAUCUGGAGAUGAUUUUUCUGCUCAGAUAUCGGCAGAUGGGCCAGAGGAACCAACAUGCAGAAGAUUAAACACAAGGAACUGUGAGAAUCUGACAACCUCAGAGGAUCAAAUUUUAAAAGGAGAACCUCAACCUGAAGGAAUCUAUGAGGAUCAUCGGGCAAAUCAAAAUACAACAGCCACAGAGCAUGAGAUGGUCCCAAAAGCUGAUGGUGGCAUUGUCAAGCUUCGCACAAGAAAGAGCUCUCGGGAAGAGAGGGAGAAGGAGAGGUCCCGGCUGGACUCAAUGGUUCUACUAAUAAUGAAACUGGAUCAGCUAGACAAAGAGAUUGAAAACGCUCUAAGCUCCUCCCUAAAUAGCACACCCAAUUUAAAGAGACGGAUCAUCUCUGAUGUUGAUUUAGAAACGCUGGAUUCAGCAGGAAGUCUUUCAGCCUCCUCGCAGUCACUAAACACCCCGCUUUAUCGCUCUUCUUCAUCGUUGUCUUCAUCAGGACCCACCGGAACCCCUGGAGCGAGACCAAAAAAUGAGACCUCUGCUGUACUUUCUGAGAACGACAGAGCAGAAAUUGAGGCGAAGGAGGCGUGUACAUGGCUGAGGGCUGCAGGUUUUCCACAGUAUGCUCAGCUUUAUGAAGACGGUCAGUUCCCGAUUGAGAUUUCCUCAGUUACCAGAGAUCACGACUUCUUGGAUCAAGAUGCCAUAGAAGCCUUGUGCAGGAGACUGAACACCCUGAACAAGUGCGCUCUUAUGAGAUUAGAGAUCACCCCUCAAAGAAAGAGAAGUGAGGACUCUGAUGAAGAUGAGCCAUGUGCCAUAAGUGGCCGUUGGACUUUCCAGCGAGACAGCAAGCGUUGGUCUCGCAUGGACCAGCUGGACCUGGAUGUAUUCUCCCCUCCUGCAGGGGACACUGGCUCCUUUACUACAUUCCUGUCCCAAGAUGAGCAUUUUGUCAGAGGGCCCCUUCUAAAGGAGGGUGUUAACGCUAGUGUGGAGAGCAUCUUAACAGACCUAAGCGAACAGCCAGAGGUGGGCUCUCUGCACAGUGCUGGUAGUGGAGGUCGAGGAGGAUCCCUGAGUACAACUGUACCAUCCAGUCCUGCUACAACCAUCUCCAAUGCUAAUACAGCCACCACUACAAGAGCAAGCUCAGUUGCCAGCGUCUGUUCUUCUGGAACAUCAGGUGCCAAUGAAGACUCUAUGUCUGAUGGGCUUCCAUCGCCCCUGGAACGUGGUACCUUUGCUUUUGAUGUGAAACCAAACUUGAUAAGUAGUGCAGCUGAAAAAAGCACACGGUCAAGAGCAAAGAGCUUCUUAAAACGCAUGGAAAGUUUACGUCUACGCACCAGUAGCAAUGCAGCCUCCAAGCGCAAGAAGAAAGGUGUUCCUGGGCAUGGUAGGUUGGAGAUCAGUGGGCCAGUGCUAAAGGAGGGUCUUGAUGAAGACAAGCUGCGUCGCCUCAACUGUGUUGACAUCGCAACUCUGGAUCGAAAUGCAAACCGGAAUCGAAGCAUCUCCUAUUCAACGCAAACAAGCAGUGGGAGUGCAGGGAGUAGCCAAUCAGAAGCUAGCAGUGGGAGUGCUGUAAGUACGCCCAGUCCAGUGUCAAGAGCACGUAGUCACAGCACAGCAGCCGGGUCCAGCAAGAGAGGUGGGAUGUACUUAGAAGGUUUUGACCCAUUUAACUUUGUCGUGCUGCAACAUUCUGAAGUCCAAGAUGUAAAGGAGAACCAUCAGACCCAAAAUAAGAAGAAGGAGCCAAGCUCAACUGAUGAAAACAAUCGACGCAACCGUCAGAGUUCAGAUAAUAGACAAAUGGAGGAAGAAGAGAGUCGCGAAGAGGAAGGAGGUGUGAUCUUCUUCUAUUUGCCUGAAGGCCACAAGCCUGGCACUUUUCCUAAAGCACUUGCGGAUGGAGGAUCCUAUCGUGGUGUUGACAACAUAAGUCGCCACCCACCCCGGAGGGGUUCUGCUGCCUCACUAGACAGUCGAAUGAGUAUCUAUGAUAAUGUUCCUUUCUCGGAGGUGGGAGAUGAUGAGGACGAAGUAGAAGGAGAGGAGGAACCAAAACUGGAGGAUGUGUUGGAGCGAGUCAGGGGUCUGCAGCAACUAGUCAAUGAAUGGCCAGAAACAGGAAUUGGGGAAGAGGAGGAGGAUGAAGAGGAAGAGGAAGGAGAUUCAGAUUCAGCCCUUGACUCUGCAUCUCCUUGUCCAUCAUCUCCACUGCAGAACCGCUUAGAAGAGACAGAGAAUGGCAGCGACCAGGACAGCACUGGAAACCCACUAGCAGAAAGAGAUGAGACACUCAGCUCACGUGAAAGAUGUGAUUCUGGAGUUGAAGCAUCACUUUCUCGAGCCAACAGAACCCAGAAACUGCGCUGGCCAAGUUUCCAGAGCUCCCACAGGCCAAGUCUGUCAUCAACAGUGCUACAAGUUGGAUGUCAGUCAGUUCUGCAGAUGAACCUACUCCAGAAAUACAGCCUUCUCAAACUUACUGCUCUACUGGAGAGAUACACACCCACCAACAAACAUGGCUUCAGUUGGGCUGUUCCUAAGUUUAUGAAGCGGAUCAAGGUUCGCGACUACAAGGACAGGAGUGUGUUUGGCGUUCCACUGCAGGUGAUAGUUCAAAGGAGCGGACAACCCCUGCCUCAGAGCAUUCAACAAGCCAUGCGUUACCUGCGGAGCCAAUGCCUGGACCAGGUGGGAUUGUUCAGGAAAUCAGGGGUGAAGUCGCGAAUCCAAGCCCUUCGCCAAAUGAACGAAUCAUGUGGUGCUGUUGGGGGAGGAGUGAACUACGAGGGCCAAUCGGCUUAUGACGUGGCUGACAUGCUAAAGCAGUAUUUCCGAGACCUUCCAGAGCCUCUGCUUACCAGCAAACUGUCUGACACUUUCCUGCAGAUUUAUCAAUAUGUCCCCAAAGAGCAGCGCCUGCAGGCAGUGAGGGCUGCGGUGUUGCUGUUACCGGACGAGAACCGCGAGGCAUUACAGACUCUGCUGUGCUUCCUGAGUGACGUAACGGCCAGCGUGGGUGAAAACCAAAUGACCUGCACCAACCUGGCUGUGUGUUUAGCCCCCUCUCUCUUUCACCUCAACACACUGCGCAGAGAGAGCUCAUCACCCAGGGUCAUGAAUAGAAAGAACACCCUUGGAAAACCUGACCAAAGAGACCUGAAUGAAAACCUGGCGGCUACUCAUGGUUUAGCGCAUAUGAUACAGGAGUGCAGAAAACUCUUCCAGAUCCCAGAGGAGAUGUCCCGCUGUAGGAACUCUUACAUGGAGCAGGGCUUGAGUCCCAUGAGGAUGGAGGUGUUGGCAGAAAACUGCGGUUCUUGCAACUACCAAAGUCUGCUCAAAGACAGUAUUGACGGCCUGCUUAAAGAAGCCAAGGACAAAUUCAAAGGUUAUGACAACUGCUCGACUCCUGAAAACGCUGAGCUCGCAUACAAGAAGGUUCAGGACGGCUCUUCUCUGCGGCAGUGGAAAGUGUGUGUGGAUGUGCCUGCAUCGGCUGAGGACGUCCUGCAACGCAUUCUGCGAGAGCAGGAGCGCUGGGACGAGGACCUGCUAGAGUCCAGGAUUGUGGAGACACUGGAUCCCAACACAGAAGUCUAUCAGUACGUCAGGAACUCAAUGCCACCCCAUCCGCCAAGAGACCACGUGGUGCUCAGGUCGUGGAUGACAGAUUUGCCCAAGGGAGUGUGUACUUUAGUGAGUGUGUCAGUGGAUCACGAGAGCGCAGCAGUGCUGGGUGUUCGUGCCAAUGUUCUGACAUCUCGCUAUUAUAUCGAGCCCUGCGGAGCCAACAAGAGCCGCCUCACACACAUUUCCAGAAUAGACUGCAGGGGUCGUUGCCCUGAAUGGUACAAUAAGCUAUAUGGUCACCUAUGUGCUGCGGAGGUGGUGCGGAUACGAGACACUUUUACCUGUCUGGACAAAUAAACACACACAUCUAGUGUGCAUGUUGGCAUUUCACUUCAUCACUUAACAGACUCUAAAUUUAGAAAGGAAGGUGAUGAAGACUAUAAACUCCCUUAAACACACGACCUGAGCCCUUCAUUGAUGGACCAAGAAGCUACAAAGGUUUUGCCAUUUCGACUACCAUCAAAUGUCAAACCUGAGAGACUGGAAAUGGGGCGUUACUGCUGCUAUGACAUCAUCAUCAUCAUCACUGGCGCCAGAACAUUUCACCUUGUUACUGAUUCUAUUAAAGGUUGGCUAUAUAAAACGGGAGGUGCUUUUUGCUUCUGAGAAGCAAGUAUGUUUGUGUAUUCGUGAAUGACUGUGAGCAUACUGUGUGUAUUAUUGACAAAUGAGACAUAUUCCAUGCACUGGCACCCGCUGCAAUAUAGUGUUGAUACUUAUUUCUGUCUGUGCGGCGCUGUUACUGUUAUGCAAAGCUGUGUACGGUGCUUUCCUUUUUUUUGAGAGAGAGAAUGGACAGAUGGAUGAAUGGAUAGACAGAUGUUUGUCAGAAGAUGGAGGUGGCUGGCACACCAUUGAAAGCGAGACAGAAUAAGUUCGAUAGGAGAAAAAGAGUUGUGCAUGUAGACGCUUGAAGUCUUUGCACACUGAGUCCGACAUGCAUAUUAGUAUAUACGUUUAUGUAGAGACUUAAUGUUGCAUCAAACAUGUCUAAAAACUGUUUACGAAAGUUCCGCUCGUAUUCAAUUUUUUUGGGGGGAGGGGGGUAAUGUUGUGUCAGUUGUGAAUAUGGACCACAAACCUUUAAGCCAAUGGCCAAAAAUAGACUCUAUGGGUAGAAAUGAUAAAUUUGUCUUUGAGGGCAAAACUCAUUAAGUAUUAUUGAGUAUUAAUUUAAGGUAUUUUUUAAUUUCCUAGUGUAAAUAAAUCAAAACGCUCUCUCUUUUAGAGUAUUUUUUUUUAAACUACUUUUUUUUUUUUACUACAUUUUCUCAGUAUUUUUUUAAGCUUCAGCUUCCAGAUUUUCAAGUAGUUUCAUCAUGGCCAAAUCUUUUUCUGUCCUCACGACCAUACAUCAAUGGAAAGUGAUGUGAUGUAUAAAUCUUAAAUUUCCAAAUAUGUACACUUAUGACUGGUUUUGUGGUCCGGGGUCACAAUUGAUUAAUGGCAAAACGUUCAAUGUGAUUCACUUUGUCUUGCAGGAAAAAGCACUUUAUGACAAACAAAGUGCAAAAUACCAAGACAGAUUGUGGUCCUCCAUUUAAAACAUGGCUCCAGAAUGACUAGAGAUACACAAAACUGAGAAACAGACAUCCUGAAUUGAAGUUUGAAUCGCUACUUGAUAAGAAUGUGGACUUUCCUUCCUCUCCACCCAACAUCAGGAUUUAGACCCAAUAUUUCCUCUCUUUUAUCAAGAGAGGACAACAAAAUCAUCUUCAAUGCUUGAAGACUUGUAAUGUUUAAACAAAAAAUAAAAAUCAGACUCAGUGUGCAAGGAUUCAGAAACUUUUAGAGUGACAAAUACGAAAAUUUGGCAACAGCUCCAAAAAUAAAGCUGAGACCAAUAUAAAUAUGGACCAAUUCUUCAAUAUGUAGAGCAAAGUAAUUCAACACAGGACUCCAAAGAACAGCUUAAGGCUUUUUUGAGCCCUUGAAAUGCACUUCGAGAAGGGGACGCCAUUUGUAGGGACUUUCAAAACAAGAGUACACAUCUGAAUCUCUUCAUGAAGGGCCCUUCUAGAAGUCAGUUAACGAAGGCAACUCAAUGCACACUUAAAACAACUCACUUCAAGGGUUCGUAGAGAGUAGGGAUGGUCACUUCCAUUUUGAAUUUGCCUACCGAGGCCUGUGAUUGGUCGAGGUCAUUGCUGCAAACAAUCGGCUAUUUGACCCUAUGGGAAAACAAAGAGAGGAGUGUUACAAAAAAAAUGUGAAAGGAUGAGAAAAGCUUUUUUGUUUGGGUUGUAUGUUUAGGUUUGAUUAUAGGGGCUACCAAGGUGGUAAUUUUGUCAGGAGGAUGGUAGAGAAUGUAUGAGAAGUGAUGUCUUUGUUUGUCAGUGUUAACCAGAAAUGAAGUAAACGUCUAAAAUAGUAACAAAAGCUUGCAUUUACACUUAACUACAACCAGACCUGCGGUCACAGAGCAGAUCAGGGUGGGAGUUCGACAGAUUUCGCUCGACAGAUUUCUUUCAGUUUUGGGUUUUCAGAUGACUCCUGCUGAAAAUUGACCGACUGGGUUUGAUGUCUCGAUUUAUUACUAAUAUGCCUGUCUAUGACGGUGUAUCAUAAUCGUGUGUAAAUUAAAUGUAUGCUGCCAAACAGAGAAUAACGCAUGACAAUGACAGUUAAUUUAAACCUCUCUGUAUUUAUAUCACUUAUAUCAUGUUAUUAUUUUUUUACGCAUCUUAUUUUAUUGUAAAUGUUACACUAAGUUACAGAAAUGAGAAUACUUGUUUAUCUUUUUUAUUAUUAAUGUUAUUUCUGUACAGAUUAAUUGUGGUCAAAAUGCACUAUUAAAUAUAUUAAAACUGCA